UUUAAAGAAAUCAAUUUCUGUGAAAAUAAAAACAUUUCAAAAAAUUUAUAAGGUGGCAUUAAUUAUACUUAUUAAAAGGAAUGAUUGUAUCGUAAAUUAUUUUAUUAAUGUUAGUUCAAAGAUUAAUGAAGGGCUUCAAUAAAAUAUAUUAAAAUAAAUAGAAAGACGAAUAUUUGUUGAGCUAUGUGCAUUGGAUUUUUUCGUGAAGUACAUAAAUGCUAUCCAUGAUGUGUUAGAACUUCAUAAUAGAUACAUGUAAUUACUGGCAUUGUGAAAAAGGCAUUAUCAAUUUACCAUAAUGGGGACGGUAUUGAGCUUUAAUCCAAGAGAACGCCAUCCGUUUUAUUCAUCCCAGACUAGCAUCCAAUAUAACCAACAAUCUGACGUUCGAAACGAAUAUAUAUUGGAAGGUUCUUCUUUAAUGGACUCUCAUUUGAACAACUUUUGCUACGAGCAGUUGAAUAAUGCCAAAAAUCAAGAAACGAAGCAAAGUAUUCGUGUCCCGCUUGCUAAAAAUGGCAUAAUUGCGCAUAAUGGAUGUGGAAGGAUAAAUGUAGGCAAGCAAAGUCAUGUAACCAGCUAUAGUUUCAAUAAAUUAAAAGGUACAAAAGAUGCAAUUAACAAUGAUUUGGAUUUACACAAUGAAAAUUCUGCACUUUUCACGGAAAAAAAUACUAUUGAAAAGAGUAUGAAAAAGCAUUCGUUAUUUAUUAGUGCAUUGUCUUGGAAAAAACUUGCUGCGUCGCAUAAUAAAAAGAAAAUUGAAAAUAAAAAUAAAUGUGCUAAUAUACCUACAGGUUGUUUCAAAACUCAUCCGUUGGAUGCCUCAAAUGUAUCUUAUACCGAUAAAAAUAAAAAUGUUCGCUUGCAUUUCAACCAUAUUAACGACAGUCAACACAUAAAUUUAAAUCAAGAUGUCUCUCAACCAUGUAACACGCUCUUUUCAAAUUCUAAAACUAAAAAGCAAAUAACAUCACAAGAUCUUGUUAGAAUUAAUACCACUAAUUUUAAUAAGCAUAACAAAUUGAUUCAAAAAGAGCCUUUGACUUUAUCUUUGACCCCACAAUCGCAGACAAUCCAAAAUAAAAACAGCCACAUUCCGAGGAAAACUGUAAUCCAGGCAUCAACUUCGGAAUUAUUGAAAUGUUUGGGAAUAUUUUUACAUUACCGAUGUAAAAAAUUGAAGAAUUUUGAAGCCGGAGAUGCCGUCAUGUGGUUAAGAGCUGUCGAUAGAAGCCUAUUACUUCAGGGGUGGCAAAAUACUGCUGCCGUUUCUGAUCGAAAAAACGGACAUACACUGACGAACAAAAGUUUUGGCACAGCUGAUGUUGGUUCCUUCAGUUCCGUAAAUUUAAAAGGUAGGUUCAAAUAAUGUACUAGUCAUAUACUCACCUUUAGUUAUCUAUCACUAUAUUUAAUUUCAUUGGGCAAAAGUUUUAGCUCAUUUAGAAUAUAUAUCAAAACAUGGAAAAAAUUCUAGUUUAAUAACGGGUAUUCAAACCUUUCGUUUUAAUAACGUCAUUUAAACGAUUUGGCGUGAAGUGAAUCAAUUUACUUGUCACCUCAGAUCCAAUGUUAGUCAAUUCAUGCUGCAGUACCUCGUUUAAUUGGCCUUUACUUGUUAUUUUCAACCCUUCGUCCAAGUUCAUCCAAUAAUCGAAUUUAAAUCCGGUGAUUGAGGAGGAGUUGCAAGAACGUGGUGAAUGAUCCACAUACGAGCAUCAUAAGCUGUAUGUUUGGGAUCAUUAUCUUGCUGAAAAUAGAACUGAUUCCCAAGUUUCAGCUUGUUUACGCUUGCAAGUUUUCUUUCAAUAUGUUUAUAUGUGUAUGUACGCAUAAAGUUUUGUCCAUUACUCCAUCAACAAAUACUAAGUUCCCAACGCCUGACGCCGCUAUAAUUCCCCAAACCAUGACUCCGCCACCACCAUGCUUUACGGUAUAAUUAACAUUGCUUUUGUCAUACCCGUAUUCGACCAAAUUCUAAACGCUUUUUUUGUUAGCCUUGCUGAUACGAGGUUUUUUCGAGCUAUUCCGGAUUUGUACCGGUUACGAAUAAGCACCCGCCGCAUUGUUUUCGGAUUCUUCCUUGAAGUCAUCAGAAAUCUUUGUUGAAGUCAGUAUGCCGCCUCUCUUGAACUAAAUUUGAGCAGACGACCCGAACGUUUGCAACUCUGGAGGCAACGGACAUCUUUAAAACGGUUGAUUAUGCUCCGAAUGGUAAAACGACUUAACUUCAUUAUUUUAUCAAUUUCUGCAUAGCUUUCGUUGGCGGAAUGUAGAUUUAAAAUAAUUUUUCUCUCCUCUGCUGUCGUUUCCACUCACCUGCUACCCAUUUUACUGAAUUGUAGUAAUAAUGCACGCUACGCAAGACUAUAUUUCACUUUAAAAGUUAGCGGUUUCUAUUAUAUAGUACAGCAUCAUGCGGUCACUUGUUAUUCUAAUUAUUUUUUUUUCUUUUUUAAGCAGAAUCAAUGAAAUUAUUUCUGAGUAUUCUAACUGUGCCAAAACUUUUGUCCACAGAAAUAUAUUCGAUUUUUAUUUUAAUUAAGUACAGUGAUAAAUAACAUUAAGGUGAGUAUAUGACUAGUACAUUAUUUGCAUCCACAGUGCCAAAACUCUUUUCCGUUUGUGUAUAUAUGUAAAUAUCUGAUAUUUUUGCACAUCAACGGACAACUCGCAAUAAACGCUUAGCAACGUGCAACAUACAACAACAGCCUCUAGGUGCUACUAUUAAAACAAAUCAAUAAUACUCCUGUUGUUUUCUAUACCUUGUAUUAGAAUGCGAAAAUAUGAAACUAUGACUUUACUUAUAUAUGAUAUACUAAUGAAA